UAAAAAUGAGCAGAGUUUAUUGAAUAAUCUUGAGAGUUCAGUUUACAGGCAUGCGCGCGAGUACUUCAAAACAACGCGCGAGUCAUUCAAAACUACAAUGGCGGACUACAAGCCUGUGUUUGUGCUGCUCAAGACUGAGUUUAUUGACGCCUCUCCAGCAAAGUAAUUGUAGUAAUAAAGCAACUUCAUCGUCCGUCCAGACAAAUUUGCUCGAUGCUUUCGCCAUCUUCACCGCUCUGUGGAAGAAUGCUUAUGUGCGCAGGCGCGUAGUGUUUCUUUAGAAAGUGACAUCGCCAACUACUGGCCUGCAUGCAUAAUACAGCGUUUUUAGUCGUUUUCGCGGAUUCGUGUGGACGGGGAUCGUUUUGACAACGUUGUCAUCUGUAGGCGAAACUUUUCAAAAACGCAAAGGAAAAACUUUUAUAUUUUUAGUACAUCGUUGUCUUGUAAACAUACCCUCAGUUUGCUCACGUAUUGCUCUUGAUGGCCAUCUGCUGGCGACUGAUGGAAGAGUGUACAUUCUAUAAUUGUUUUAAGAAAAAUAAACUGUAGGAAAUAACUAUUUUACAUGUAUUAUGUUGUGAAAAUAUUUAGGUAUUCUAAAUUUUCAUUAAAUAUACAGUAUCUUUCAUGCAAGUUUUUAAAAGUAAAACAAACAAACAAAAUUCCGUUUUUAAGACUGCGCCGUCAUUGCAAUGAAAUGAACCACUACAUUAUUGAAAUUCAGAUGUAAAAAUUCAGAGUACAUCUGAAUUCAGAUGUAUAAAUAUAGAGGUUUCCCUAUAAUAGUACAGUACCUAUUUCAAAUCAGUUCAAAAUGCGGGUCCGUUAACACAAUUGAUAGCCUGAAAUUAUGCCUGCAAAACUAAUUUAAUUUUAUUCUCGGAUUCGAGGAUCUUAUUUUUUCAUAGAAAGAAAUACGUAUUAAAUAAGGCGUUCAGAAAUUAUUUUUCUUCUUCUUCUUCUCAGUAAUCUCUGAUGAGAUAUUCGGCCAAAUCUAAUGUUCUUCAGGCAGUAGCAGAGGAGCCUCAUUUUGGGGGAAAAAGCGCCAAGUUCCACAACAGACGAGCUUGUCAAAUUGCUUACAUUUAAUACGAAACUGCUUAUUCUGUAUAGUUCCUGUUGAAAGCGAAAAUGUAACGCAUGCAUAAUUAGACCCAGAAGUGAAUGGUUAAAAUGCCCGGGCUGCAGAGUGAAUGUGCAGUGGUGGCUGCAGCAGGCAGUCCUGUGAAGAAAAGCAAACUGUCUCUGAAGUUCUUCCAGAAGAAGGACACCAAACGAGCCCUGGACUUCUCAGAGAUCCCUGCAGAGGAGAGCGGUGCAGCCGAACCAGAAGAGACUACAAAUCAUGACCAGGUUGUGCCUAUGCCAUGUCCUUCAUCUCCUCUUACCUGCGAGAAGCAAGAGAGCCUGGUCCCUUUCGUUGGGCUUAAUAAUUUAGGGAACACCUGCUAUCUGAACAGCAUCCUUCAGGUCUUAUAUUACUGCCCUGGUUUUAAAGAGGCCAUCAAAUCUUUGUGUAACUUGGCUAAACUGAAAGACAAACAGCAAGAAGAGGGUGCCAAAAACGAGGAGGACUGUAGUGAGGACACCCUACCUGCUCAUAUGGAGCUGCUGGGCAGUUUCCACAGCCUGAUCAACUCUUUGGAGCAGCUUCAAUCCAGCUUUCUGCUUAACCCAGAAAAAUACAAUGAUGGAGAGCUUGCCACGCCACCCCGCAGACUGCUUAACACACUCAGGCAGCUCAAUCCUAUGUAUGAGGGCUACCUGCAGCAUGAUGCACAGGAGGUACUGCAGUGCAUUCUUGCAAACAUACAGGAGGCCUGUGACACUAUCAAAAAAGAGCAAAAAGGCAACCAAAAGGACACCACAAUAAGCAAUGGAACAGGUGAAUCCUCCCUUGAGGAGGAUGGAAGCUCUGACAGUCAGCUGAAUGGAAAAAGAAAGAGCGAAACAGAAGCAGGCAAUGCAAAGAAGAAGCCAAAAUCUCAAAGCAAGUCCAAGAAAAAUGAGGAAAACGUGCCUUUGACCCGCUCAAAGAGAAGGUCUUCCAGUGACAUAACCACAGAGAGUCCCGUUACUGACCAGAAGAAUAGAGUAGAAGAACGGGAGAAGGAGAGAGGAAGCACCACAGAGGAGGAGAAUGACAGUCCCCCCAAGGAGGUGGGUAAGAGGGCGAGGAGAGGGAAGCUGGGCUGGAUGAAGCCAUCAGGGAAGCAGCCUAGUAUCUUCUCCAAGUUUCGCAGCAUGGGACGAAUUAGUUCGCAUAUUGGAGGGAGAGGAGAUGCCAAGGAGAAAUCAGACUGUAGUGCCCAAGCGAAACAGGAAAAGAACACACCUGAAAAUGAAAGCACAGCUCAAAGUGUUAAACAGAGUCUGGGAAAGGAUGAAGAGCGAUCAGGCCUGGAUGUGCUGAAGUGGAUGUUCCAAGGUCAGCUGGUGCUGCGGACACGCUGCCUAGAAUGUGAGUGUUACACAGAGAGGAGGGAGGACUUUCAAGACAUCAGUGUGCCUGUGCAAGAGGACGAGACCAGCUGCUCUGACUCCAGCUCAGAAAUUUCUCCAGAUCCCAAGCCUGAGCUAAAGACUCUAAAGUGGGCCAUUUCUCAGUUUGCAUCUGUGGAGCGGAUUGUGGGUGAAGAUAAAUAUUUCUGCGAGACCUGUCAUCACUACACAGAAGCUGAGAGAAGUCUUCUUUUUGACAAAACCCCAGAGGUCGUCACAAUCCACCUGAAAUGCUUUGCUGCCAAUGGUUCGGAGAUGGACCCUUAUGCUGGCCUCUCCAAGGUGAACACACCACUGCAAACCCCUCUUAGACUUUCCCUGCAUGAGUGGUGCACCCAGCCUGAUGCUCCAGACCAAAGCCAUCACUAUGAGCUCUUUGCUGUGGUCAUGCACAAUGGAGUAACCAUCAGCAGUGGUCAUUACACCACUUACAUCCGUAUGAUGGAUCUCCAUCUCAUUGAUCUCAAGCCUCAGUCUCAGAAUGAAGAGCAAGACAGAGAGGAGGACAUGAAACAGAAGAAAGAGGAGGUACAUCAAACAGAUUAUGAUGAUGGGGAGGUGUCUUUCAGCUUGAGUGGCAGGGGGCAAAAUGUGCCCAAAAGGGCCAGCGUAAAAAGCAAAACAGGAGGUAAGAGGUGCUCUGAGGGCAUAGGGCUCUUAGGAGGACAAAGGAGCAUCACCAAUUAUGAGCUAGGCAACAGCAAGCAGACCAAUCCUGAGAAGGCUACCAGCAUUGCAAGCCGUGUCUCUGGUACUCUGCUUCAAAACGUUGGAGUGAAGAAAGAGACUGAGGAAGAGAGUGGUGAUGCUAUGGGUGAUGGGACCCAGGUAAGUGCUGACCUGGCUCUGCAGAACCUUUUGGACUUUGAGGGAAAGUGGAUGCUGUUUGAUGACUCGGAAGUGAGACUCUUUGAAGAAGAGGACUUCCUGCGAUCCUGUUCCCCAGAGACAUGCUCCACCUCUACGCCCUACCUGCUUUUCUACAAGAGAGUCUCUCAGUAAAAACAGGCCUUUGGAUAUUGACAAACUGUGGUAUUACACUGGUCCAAUCAGUCCUGAAGUUUUACUGUUAAGGCAUGUAUAAUAAAUUAUGUUUGCAGGUCUUUAGAAAAGCAAGUCAGGAUGUGUUGUAGUUACAUAAGCAAGUGUAACAAGUGUCAGUCAGUGAAAAGCCUUUGUGAAACUGUUGAGGCCACGACAUUCGUUGCCAUUGUUCUAACAAGUAUGGUUUUUAUGUGUCUUACUAUUUUUGUACUUUGAUCUUUCCAUGUUGUUGGCUUUUCAGUGACCCUCAUGCAAACGCACCUUGGCAUUUACUGUAGUGCAUAUGACCAAAUUUUUUUUCUGUACUUUCAACUUCCGUUUCGGAUGCUUUGAAUGGCACAAGAUGAUUUUAUGUAUUUUUUUAAAAGCACAGAUAUUUUUACUUGUUUUGAUUUCGUCUCCCCAUUUUUUGGAGAUUCAUUAUAGCUUGCAAGUCUAAAGUAGAUUGACGGUAGUCACAUAAUUUUUGUUACAAGGAGGCACAAACAAUGUGUUAGGUUUUCUUCUCCAGUAAUUAACUAGUAUUUGUGGAAAUAGACAAAGAUAAUUACAUUUAGUUUGAAAGGUGGUCACCCCCAAAAUACAGAGUAUAUUAAUUGCCUAUAUAUGACCACAUGGAUAAAGCAGCCUAUUUUUCUAAGUUUAUAGAUUCUAUCAACCAUACCUCAUUCCUAAACUCAGUCUAAGAUUUGUCUUUUUCCCAUGUUGUGAGCAGGCCUGGCUUUCCACCAUUACAAUUAGAUCUCAAGCAACUGCUAACAGUAUGAGCAAUAAAUAAAACAUUCUUGCAAUUCUGUUACUACAUGGCAUUGUAUAUUUCAGGAGGGAGGGAUAUGUUUAUGUACAUAUUUUUCUAUCUCUUUGGCUAUGUAGAUUCUUAUUUACCACAUUAAACCACCAUUAUGUAAAAA